GGAUAAAUAUGAGUUCAUAUAUGAAAAAAAGUAGUGAGCUUGAAGAGUUGAAAAUGGAGCUCAACUCCCUCAAAAUCGAUGAGCAGAAGGAAGCAGUGAAACAAGUCAUCGCAAUGAUGACUAUUGGUAAGGAUGUUAGUGUCCUCUUUCCACAUGUAACUAAAUGCAUAAUGAGUCCAUCUAUUGAGUUAAAGAAGCUGGUGUAUUUGUAUAUCAUUAAUUAUGCUAAGAGUAAGCCUGAUCUUGCCUUGAUGGCUGUGAGUGCAUUUACAAAAGACGCACACGAGAAGAGCAAUCCUUUGAUUAGAGCAUUAGCGGAUAGAAUAAAAAUCGCAACAUACCUUUGAGAAUCUUUAAAGGAUUGUCUGGUAGAUGAUGAUCCUUAUGUAAAGAAGACAGCAGCUAUUUCUGUAGCAAAGAUCUACCAUAUUAUGCCAGAACACACAAAAGAGUUCGGCUUUAUAAAACUCCUGCAAGGAUUACUUCAGGAUGGAAAUGCAAUUGUGGUUGCGAAUGCUGUAGCUGCUCUAUUUGAAAUUUCAAGAGUCGCAGGCAAGAACUAUUUAAAAGCUAACAAAGAAACUAUCGGAAAGUUACUAAAUGCUUUGAACGAUACAAAUGAGUGGGGCCAAAUAUACAUUCUAGAAAGUAUUAUCAACUACAAUCCUAAGGAGCAGAAGGAAGCAGAGGAGAUCAUUGAGAGGAUCAUGCCCAGGCUCCAACAUGCUAAUCCUGCUGUUGUAUUAGGCGCGACAAAGAAUGUACUCCACUUUUUGAAAUUCGUUAACCUCAAAUCCAACAAGGAUGUUAUUCUGAAGAAGCUAUCAGCACCACUGAUUACCUUGCUCUCUGCAGAGCCUGAGAUUCAAUAUAUUGCGUUAUGAAACAUUCUUCUAAUUCUCCAGCAAAUUCCAAAUGUGUUCGAGAAAAAUGUCAAAAUGUUCUUCUGUAGAUUUUCAGAUCCAAUAUAUGUAAAGCUUGCUAAGCUUGAUGUGAUGGUUGGAGUGGCUGACAAUACUAAUGUAGACAUCAUCAUCACCGAGCUUCACGAGUACUGCAAUAACAUAGACCAGGACUUUGUGAGAAGAUCCAUCAAAGCCAUCGGCCAGGUGGUCGUCAAGGUUGAUAGGGUGGCAAAAAAAGGAGUAGAAGCAUUGAGAGAGCAUAUUAAUCAAGAGCAUGGCUCCGAUUCUGCCCUUCAGGAAGCAGUUAUUGUUGCAAGUAAAAUAUUGAGAAAAUAUCCCAAGAAAUUUGAAAGUCUCGUGAAGGAUAUCGUAAUGCAACAAGAAAGAAUAGAUGAGCCAGAAAGUAAAUCAGCUUUCAUUUGGAUUUUGGGAGAGUACUCGAAGAAGAUCGAAAAUGCAGGGGAGAAGCUAGAAACAUACAUUGAGUCUUUCACUAAUGAGAAUAUCAACGUCUGUUUGCAAAUCCUCACCUCUUCAGUUAAGAUGUUUAUUAAGGAUUCUGACGCUUAUGAAGACAUGGUCAUGAACGUUCUCAAACUUGCAUCUGAGGCCUCUGCAAACCCAGAUCUAAGAGACAGAGGAUAUAUCUAUUGGAGGAUGCUUUCCACAGAUCCUACGCAGACAAAGGAUGUCGUCCUUGCAAAGCGUCCCGAAGUUGAAGAAGACUUGACCAAACUUAUGGAUGAUGAGACAAGGGAAAUAUUUUCUGAUAUCUUCAUUUCAGACACAAAGCAUUCAGCUCUGAGACCAGAGAGAACUGCUACCGCUGAUGAACCAGACUCAGAUGAGGAAGUAGAAGAAGAAGAGAAGCCUAAAAAGUCUAAGAAGAAGGAUAAAAAGAGCAAGAAAAAGAAAUCAAAAAAGGAGGAUGAGAAAGAAGAAAUUAUUCUUCCAGAAGAAGUUGUAACAGAAGAAAAACCAAAAAAUGAUUUAGAUGAUAUCUUCGGACUUGGAUUAGAAGACGAACCUGUAACGACAGAUGCUCAAGCAGCAGACCCUUUAGCAGGGAUUCUAGGUGAUACCAAUGGAUCAACUGGUACUGAUCAAGCUGCAUCCCCGUGGGAUGAUAAUGGAUUAUUUGGUGGCUUCGGAGCAGCUGGAAGUGAUGCUUCAAUGUACGUAAAACCUGAGCAUGUUGAAGUAGUCAGCUCAUCAACACCAGGAUCCCAAAAUAAGACAACAGGUUUACAAAUUAAAGGAAGGUUUUAUAGAGAAGGAACAUCAAUAAAACUAGACCUUAUUUUCUACAAUUCAACAGCUGGAAUAAUUUCAGAUUUUGACAUAAUGAUCAAUAAAAAUCCAUUUGGAUUAAAGCCAGGGACAAUUAGUGUAAUUCCAAUUUCUGCUGGCCAAACUUUUACAACAGUAGUUGAAUGUUCUAUUGACCAGAGCAAUGCGGACAUGAAGAAUCCCCCUCAAUUCCCAUACUAUGUUCAGACUGCUAUCAAAUGCUCGUUAGAUAUUUAUUAUUUCCAGGUGCCAUGAUUGCUUCACACUCUUUUGCAAGGUACAGCAGUGACUGUGACUCAAGCCCAAUGACAACAGAUGGCAAAUAGUAUCGCAGCAAAGCAUUCUUUCUCAGUGAAUAGUGCAAGAUUUGCUGGAUCUCCCUCAGAUUUGAAGACAAGGCUGCAAACAAAUUCCUUCUAUCCUAUUUAUGAUGAAGCAAACAGCCAGAUAUUUGCAACUUCCACCGUCAACAACAUCCCUAUCUUAUUAAGGUGCACUCCUGAGGGAGAAGAUAUUCAGAUUAUUGUUUGAACGCCAGUGGGACCCCUAUAUCCCCUCAUUGAAGAAGCUGUGAAAGAAGUUAUUAGCAAAUAA